CGUCAGAUGACUCGGCCAAUCAUUAUGUGCAUUAUGCUUUCAAAGUCUCCGCCUCUUCCUUGAGGUAAUCAUUGGUGGCGGGAAAAGUUCGUAAGUUUUCGCGCCGAGGCGGAGUCAUUCUCGGCUCCUCCACGCUACUCGGGUGCAGGCAGUUCGGAGGCAGCGCGCAUGGCGGGGACCGUGGUGCUGGAUGAUGUGGAGCUGCGGGAGGCUCAGAGAGAUUACCUGGACUUCUUGGAUGACGAGGAAGACCAGGGAAUUUAUCAGAGCAAAGUUAGAGAGCUGAUAAGUGACAACCAAUACCGGCUGAUUGUCAAUGUGAAUGAUCUGCGCAGGAAAAAUGAGAAGAGAGCCAACCGCCUCCUGAAUAAUGCCUUUGAGGAACUGGUUGCCUUCCAGCGGGCCUUAAAAGAUUUUGUGGCCUCCAUUGAUGCUACCUAUGCCAAGCAGUAUGAGGAGUUCUACGUAGGAUUGGAGGGCAGUUUUGGUUCCAAGCAUGUCUCUCCUCGGACUCUUACCUCCUGCUUCCUUAGCUGUGUGGUCUGUGUGGAGGGCAUUGUCACUAAAUGCUCUCUGGUUCGUCCCAAAGUGGUCCGCAGUGUCCACUACUGUCCUGCUACCAAGAAGACCGUAGAGCGACGUUAUUCUGAUCUCACUAACCUGAUGGCCUUUCCGUCUAGCUCUGUCUAUCCCACUAAGGAUGAGGAGAACAAUCCCCUUGAGACAGAAUAUGGCCUUUCUGUCUAUAAGGAUCACCAGAUCAUCACCAUCCAGGAGAUGCCAGAGAAGGCCCCAGCUGGGCAGCUUCCUCGCUCUGUGGAUGUCAUUCUGGAUGAUGACUUGGUAGAUAAAGUAAAGCCUGGUGACCGAGUCCAGGUGGUGGGAACCUACCGUUGUCUUCCUGGAAAAAAGGGAGGCUACACGUCAGGGACCUUCAGGACUGUCCUGAUUGCCUGUAAUGUGAAGCAAAUGAGCAAGGAUGCGCAGCCUUCCUUCUCUGCUGAGGAUAUAGCCAAAAUCAAGAAGUUCAGUAAAACUCGUUCCAAGGAUAUAUUUGACCAGCUGGCGAGGUCAUUGGCACCUAGUAUCCAUGGGCAUGACUAUGUCAAGAAGGCAAUCCUCUGCCUGCUCUUGGGAGGUGUGGAACGAGACCUAGAAAAUGGCAGCCACAUUCGUGGGGACAUCAAUAUUCUUCUAAUAGGAGACCCAUCGGUUGCCAAGUCUCAGCUUCUGCGGUAUGUGCUUUGCACUGCACCCCGGGCUAUCCCCACAACUGGCCGGGGCUCCUCUGGAGUGGGUCUGACAGCUGCUGUCACCACAGACCAGGAAACAGGGGAGCGCCGUCUGGAAGCAGGGGCCAUGGUCCUGGCUGACCGAGGUGUGGUUUGCAUUGAUGAGUUUGACAAGAUGUCUGACAUGGACCGUACGGCCAUCCACGAAGUAAUGGAGCAGGGUCGUGUGACCAUCGCCAAGGCUGGCAUCCAUGCUCGGCUGAAUGCCCGCUGCAGUGUUUUGGCAGCUGCCAACCCCGUCUACGGCAGGUAUGAUCAGUACAAGACCCCGAUGGAGAACAUCGGGCUGCAGGACUCACUGCUGUCCCGAUUUGACUUGCUUUUCAUCAUGCUGGAUCAGAUGGAUCCUGAGCAGGAUCGGGAGAUCUCGGACCAUGUCCUUAGGAUGCACCGCUACAGAACCCCUGGGGAGCAGGAUGGUGAUGCUAUGCCCUUGGGUAGUGCUGUGGAUAUUCUGGCCACAGAUGAUCCCAACUUUAACCAGGAGGACCAGCAGGACACCCAGAUUUAUGAGAAACAUGACAACCUUCUGCACGGGACCAAAAAGAAAAAGGAGAAGAUGGUGAGUGCAGUAUUCAUGAAGAAGUACAUCCACGUGGCCAAAAUUAUCAAGCCUGCCCUGACACAGGAAUCGUCUGCCUACAUCGCUGAAGAGUAUUCACGCCUGCGCAGCCAGGACAGCAUGAGCUCGGACACUGCCAGGACAUCUCCAGUUACAGCCCGGACAUUGGAAACUCUGAUCCGACUGGCCACGGCCCAUGCAAAGGCUCGCAUGAGCAAGACUGUGGACCUGCAGGAUGCAGAGGAAGCUGUGGAAUUGGUCCAAUACGCCUACUUCAAGAAGGUUCUGGAGAAGGAGAAAAAACGUAAGAAGCGAAAUGAGGAUGACUCAGAGACAGAAGAUGAAGAGGAGAAGAGCCAGGAGGCCCAUGAGCAGAAGAGGAAGAGGAGGAAGACUCGCCAGUCAGAUGCCAAAGACAGGGAUUCAUAUGACCCCUAUGACUUCAGUGACACAGAGGAGGAAAUGCCUCAAGUGUAUACUCCAAAGACAGCGGACUCGCAGGAGACCAAGGAAUCCCCGAAGGUGGAGUUGAGCGAAUCCAGACUGAAGGCAUUCAAGGCGGCCCUCUUGGAUGUGUUCCGGGAAGCUCAUGCGCAGUCAGUGGGCAUGAACCGCCUCACAGAAUCUAUCAACAAGGACAAUGAAGAGCCCUUCUCUUCAGUGGAGAUCCAGGCUGCUCUGAGCAAGAUGCAGGAUGACAACCAGGUCAUGGUGUCUGAAGGCAUCAUCUUCCUCAUCUGAGGAGCCUCAUGUCUGAACUGAGAUUCUCCCAUGUUUCCCAUUCCCCUCGCCCCCACUCUUUACCGAAGUCCCUGUGUAACAAACAGUGUUAAAUUGAACUGAAGUUGAGGGACACUGAUGAAGUCGGCACUCUGGAAGGCUUCGGGAAUGAGUGAUGAAAGCUGCUGUGGGGUAAGGAAAGAGAAGAGAGUGGGAAAGGACCAGACUAUUGCAGUGGCACUGGAUGGGUUCCCCACUUCCUACCCUAAACUAAAACCCCCACCUGUUACUGUCGGUAAAUAACACAUGACUCCAGAGUACUUUUUUGGCACAGGUGGUUUCUGUUCAUCUCUGCUUAUUGGCUGUUUUCUUUCUCUAGGGCACUUUGGUUUUGAUGAAGCUUUGGGUUGUUCUGUGCUUGGGAGAGAAGCUGAGGCAAGUCGUGUGGGUCAAGAAAGAUUUCAGGGCAGUUAAGACUAUAUAUCAUAUGUGGUUUUGACUGGAAUAUCUAGGACAUGGAAUAAAGUUGAGUAUUUUGCACAA